UCGUGCCAAUUUCUAUCGACAGUACUGCUUCGAUGGUUACCACUCAUUACACAAAAAACCCAUCACGGGAUGGAGAAGCAGCAGCAGCAGAAGGAGGAGAAGAAGAUCAAAAACUAAGCCAAGAAUGCAAGGAACUUCUUCUUUCUCUUCCCAAAGAGAGAGGAUGCAGAACCCCUCAUAUCUACAAGUUCCAAGGGUUUUGGUGCCAGCCAACGGAGAUCCAAGCCAUAAUCUCCUUCCAAAGGCACUUCCAAGCAAGUGACACUGACGUGGUGUUGGCCACCAUACCAAAAUCAGGCACGACAUGGUUGAAAGCCUUGGCUUUUGCUGUUGUGAAUCGCAAGCGUUUUGCUGUCAUGUCAAACAGCCAUCCUUUGCUUGCAUUCAACCCCCACGAUCUUGUACCUUUCUUUGAGUACAAGCUCUAUGCCAAUGGCCAGCAGCUUCCUGAUCUUUCAAACCUUCCUCAGCCUAGACUUUUUGGCACCCAUGUUCCGUUUUCUUCAUUACCUAAUUCCAUCAAGAAAUCUGAUUGCAGGGUUGUUUAUAUUUGCAGAAACCCACUUGACACUUUCAUCUCCUCUUGGCAUUACAUGAACAAACUUAGGCCAGGAUCUCAAGCCCCAAUGUUGCUAGAUGAAGCCUUUGAAAUGUACUGCAAGGGGAUUAUAGGGUUUGGACCCUUUUGGGAGCAUAUGUUGGGGUACUGGAAGGAGAGCAUAGAGAAGCCUCACAAGGUGUUGUUCUUGAAGUAUGAGGACAUGAAAGAAGACAUCACUUCUCAGUUGAAAAUAUUAGCAGAGUUUCUGGGGUUCCCAUUUUCUUUGGAGGAGGAGAGAAGUGGUGUCAUUGAAAAGAUUGCAAAGCUGUGCAGCUUUGAGAAUCUGAAGGAAUUGGACGUGAAUAAAUCUGGCAAGUCGAUUAAGAACUUUGAAAACAAAGAUUUGUUUAGGAAGGGUGAGGUGGGAGACUGGGUGAACUAUCUAUCACCUACUAUGGUGAAGCAACUAACCAAACUCAUGGAGGAGAAGUUAGGUGCUGCUGGCUUGUCAUUCAAAGUGUUCUCUUAGGACAAGCAAUAAAUGUCCUCACCUUAUGCUAUAAUUGCAUGGUUAUGGGUAUGGAUAGAUCUGGUGAAGAGAUCAUUCGAAUAAAUGUUUCAGUUCAGACAAUGUAUUGUUAAAUUUCUUGUUUUUCAAUGAAAGCAUUUCAGUUCUAGACAACUGAAAUAAAAAGAUUUGAUGUUUGUUUUCCGCACU